AUGGCUUUAAUAGAUGCGGGAGCUACUGGAAACUUUAUGUCACGAGAAACUGUUAGUGCAUUGGGCAGUAUGGUUCGAGACGACAAGUCCCUUACUAUAUCAGUAGUGAACGAUCAAAAAAUCAAGGUAGACAAAUCAACCGAAAUAACGUUCAAAUUUAAAGAUUUAAACAAAGAACAUCAUAUGAAAUAUUAUGUAAUAGAUAAAUGUUCAUACGACGUUAUUAUAGGAAAUGAAUUUAUAAUGAAUAGCAAUUGCAUUUUAAGCUUUAUGGAAAAUAGUGUCCAAAUAGACACAGAAACCUUAGGAUUUGACAAUUCGUCAAUAAAUGUCUAG